AUGGAGGCGGCCGGGAAGUCUGAAAAGGAUUCCUCUCUGGAAGGAGGAUUCAAUCUGGGAUUACUCACUUUCGAGAGGAUUUGCAGGACUCUCCGUGUGUCUGGGGAGAGUCCGGGGGGGACGAGUCAGGCGAGUCAGGAAGUUGUGUAUUGGAACGUCAGGAAUAGGCGGAGAAAAGACAACACAUCACUUUUCUUUUCCCAGAAGGGCGAGUGCCAGACGGACGUGGACAGCUGCGACCAGACCAAACUGCUGACUUACUACCCGACGGGCCCAGCGGCCCCACAUGUGGUGGGGCCCCCGCUGGUCGACGCCUCUCGUCUCGAGCGACCGGACAGGCCGUCUGGCCAAGCCCUCCCGGCCAACGGGUCCAUCUUCGACUGCAGCCCCAUCGCGCAGAGCGAUCUCGUGCUGUCCGAAAGGUCCAUCGCCCCGGGUGCUGCCAACCACCCUGACGUGUGUCCGACCAGCACAGCCACGACCGCCCAGUACACUCAGCAACACAGCAUUCAUCUUCAGCAACAACCUCAGCAACAUCAGUGCAUUCAGUUGCAACAGCUUCUCCGCCAUCAGUGCCACCAGCAGCUCCCCCAGCCGCAGGCGCCACCGAAUCUCAUACAAAACCACAGACAGCACCAACUGCAGUACCCGAACUUCGUCCAGCACUCGAACCACACAUACCAGCUGAGCCCCCUCACGCAGCCCGGCGCUCAGCACCAUUCCGUGGCGGACCCCGCCGGUGGCAGCAGUCUACCCGAGGCUCGCCCACCGGCGACCGCGACCACCACCUACGCUACGCUCAACCCGAGAGACUUGGCUGGCUUCGGGGACCUUAUGGCCGGCUCAGGUUCGGCUCGCAGCUACGCCACCGUGGCCCCUCGCAGACAGCGGCCCCCGACGUCGAGGUCAUCGACCCUGCAGCGGAAUGCAACCAUUUGCACCUCCGAGAUGGAACCAGGUGUGGUGGUGGCCGUCGGGGUGGCCGAAGAGAGCGCUGCAGGGAGCUGGUCCUCGGACGGAAGCCAAAAGGAGAACCAGACGACAGCCGAGGCCGAUCGCGCCCCCGCCGCGUCUGCAACCCCCCGGGGGCUGGUGAGGAGAGCGAGCCUCUUCGCGGACUUCUCGUGGCAGUCGCCACCCCAGGCGCACUGUCCCUCGGACCCGGCGUCUUCCGCAGACGGCCCUGACGGCUCAGUCGAGGCCUCCAAAAGCUAAUUUGUAGAUGGAGUGAUACAAUGCAGGUUGCUGGAGAGGUGGAUUGGAAUUCAGGAGAGUGCGUGUACUGGCUAAAAUUAUUCACCUCAGACAUAUAUUUACGAGUAUAUAAUGUAGCUGCUUCCUACCUAUCCUUAAGCUGAUUAAUUCGCAUGACUAAUAACACCAAUUUUCACUCAAUCGGAAUUUGAAGCGCUUGGGAAUCUCAAGCUCUAAAAUGCUAACAUACUCAUUCCAAACAGGAGACAAAAGAUGAUGCUGGUGCGAAGUAGUUAAGGAAUCUGGAUGGGCGUGUGUGUCGGAGUGCCGAGUGCUGUGAGCGGCUGCCAGGUAAGCGAGGAAACCCCGAGCCCUGAACCUGCUCCUGAUUUACGAAAUUCUUGUAGUUUUUUUUCUUUGUUUUUGCUUUUUUCACCCAAAAAUGGUUUUCAUAUGAAGCUGCACAGUUAUGGAUAAUCAGAUAUUCAUUCACUUUUGAUCAAAACGAAACGAACAAUAGAUUUCUAAUCACUUGCGAUACCUUUUGAUAAACUAAUGAAGUUCAUGCGUUCAAUUUACCGACUCAUUCAACGAAACCAUAAUCCAUUAAAAUGACCAAUUCAAAUACAGAUAUACAAAUCACGUAAACUAGAAAAAAAAACAG